AUGACUGUUAAUCUCCAGAGAACCCAACUCUGUCCUCAGUCUUCACUUCUGGGCCAGUUUAAGUGUAUUUCUAGAAUUAAACACUACCUCCAGCAGAUCCCACUUCUGCUGGGGGCAAUAUUCAAGGUGUAUCUGUUAGUCUAUGCGUCCGAAAACCGUCCCAUCUGUCACUUGAGUACAGAGUUCGUCCACCUAGACCCUUUUGCUAACUCAGAAGGAGGUAACACAAGGACCACAACAACCUAUAAAACACCCAUCAUAAUACCAAAUAUCAAAACAAACCAACACUCGAUAUCCUCCCUCGUACAACACGUCUCCAACAAGUAG